AUGGAUGGUAUCAACAGUGAUUAUAUCACCGUCCACGAACUCAACCAGGACGGAUUACAGGACCCCAAACUCAUUUCCAUUGAGGGAUUUCUCAACGGAGGACUGGAAAGGUUUCGGGGCAAUGAUGAGAUCAAGCUAUCUUGCGGAGAGGCCGAAGCUAGCAUGUUAACCGAUGUUGGUGCGAGCAAAGAGGCGAGGAAAAUUGAGGAGAAAAAUAUCGAGUUUGAAGAUGACGUGGCGCAGAUGAGCCAAGUUAACAAUCCGAAACAGCAACCAUUACUUACACUCCUGGCCGCCAAGCAAACUACCUAUUUUCAAAGCUUUAGCUCAGCUCGUGAAGUAGGUGAGCUUAGCUCUGAGCAUCUCCACGGUCACCAAGAACUAGCGCUUGUUCUUGAGAUUGCUGAUAUUAUUGAUGAGCUCAAUAUGAUGCGCCAUCUGAUCCAGAAGCAAAGAGAAGUGUUGAAGUCUCUAAUAUUGGCCAUGAGAAUACUCAAUCCUGCGUCAGACUCAAAAACUGACCGGACAGGGGUGAUGUUCUCGAUAAACGAACCCGUUAUCUCUGGUAAUGGUGCAAUAAACGUUUUGACCAACCACCAUGACGGUCUCACAGAUCUGGCGGACUCAAUAAAGAUCUUGGCGCAAGGAAUCUCGGGCAGAUCUAGAGACAUCGUCAUUUCUACCGAUGACGACCUUCUCGCCAUCUACACCGAAUUGAAAAUCAUGAAGGAAGACGCAGAAUAUAACCACAAGAUGACUGCGGCUGCUCUUGCUGAAGCUCGGUCAACAACUCAACAGGGCCGCGCUAUUAUGCUUUUUACUAUUGUAACCAUCGUGUUUCUCCCAUUGUCUUUCUUUACAUCAUACUUCGGCCAAAACAUCUUCGAGAUAACUGGCGAUGAGAACAACCCUCAUGCUUGGGACUUGUGGCGAUAUGGCAUUGUCAUUCUUGCACCGCUUCUCGCCUACUGCACUGUCAAGCCUUGUUGGUCACUCAGGCGCACACGACGAAACUCCUCGGCCUAG